AUGGAGGACGUUGCCAGCUCCGAUCCCUAUGCUCCCGAGCAUGAAGAAGCUCUCGGAGGACCAAAACACCAACAGCAGCAAUCCAGAACAACAACAAUACCGUCGACUCUCAAUUUACCAAAUGGCGUCGUCCAAGAGAAACCAAAGACGGACACGGACUACCCGUCUGACAUCGACGAAGAGGUCGCCAGUCGCACCGCCAGCCCCACGACAACAGACUUCUCCUCCUCCUCAUCCUCCUCUUCCUCCUCUGACAACAACACCACAGAAGAAUCCGACAACGCCUCCAUUACCACCUCAUCCUCCUCCCAAGCCAACACAGCAGUUUCCCAAGACACCACCUCCUGCCCGCCCUCCCCUAUAACCUCCAAGUCAUCCUCACCACUUACCUCCAAAUCAUACCCCCUCCCCCCACCCUCCACCCCGCUAACCACCAUCCUCCCCACCGACCUCAAAACCCCCGACCACCUCAUCCCGCGCGACCCGCGCCUCAUCCGGCUAACAGGCACCCACCCGUUCAACGUCGAACCACCGCUAUCCACCCUUUUCGAGCACGGGUUUUUGACGCCGCAGAAUUUACAUUAUGUGCGGAAUCACGGGGCCGUUCCUGCUUCUGUUGUUUCUGGUCCAUCGCCUGCUGCUGCUGCUGCUGCUGGGGGAAGGGCAGAGGCAGAAGAGGAUUUGCUGCUGGACUGGGAGUUCACCGUUGAGGGACUUGUCGAGAAUCCGCUGAAAAUAAGCGUGAGGGAAUUGAUGAGUGAAGAGCAGUGGGAAAAUGUCACGUAUCCGGUGACGUUGGUGUGCGCGGGGAAUAGGAGGAAGGAACAGAAUAUGGUUCGGAAGUCCAAGGGGUUCUCGUGGGGGGCGGCGGGGCUGUCGACCGCUUUGUGGACGGGUGUUUCGCUAGCUGAUAUCUUAGCUAGGGCCAAGCCCUUGACAAAAAGGGGGGCGAAAUAUGUCUGCUUUGAGGGCGCCGAUCAGCUGCCGAACGGGGUGUAUGGGACGUCGGUCAAACUCGCGUGGGCGAUGGAUCCGCACAAGGGCAUCAUGGUGGCGCAUAAGAUGAACGGAGAGGAGUUGCAUCCGGAUCAUGGACGGCCGGUGAGGGUGGUGGUGCCGGGGCAGAUUGGCGGGCGGAGCGUGAAGUGGUUGAAGAGGAUUGUGGUUACAAGGGGGCCGAGCGAGAAUUGGUAUCAUGUUUUUGAUAAUAGGGUGUUGCCGGCGACGGUGGGGCCGGAGGAGAGUGGGGAGAAGACGAGGGAGAUGGAAGGGGUGUGGAGGGAUGAGAGGUAUGCGAUUUAUGAUUUGAAUGUUAAUAGUGUGGUUUGUGAGCCGGGGCAUGGGGAGGUUGUGUCGCUAAGAGGGAGAGAAGAAGGGGGGGCGUAUAAGUUGAGGGGGUAUGCUUAUGCGGGAGGAGGGAGGAGGGUGACGAGGUUGGAGGUGACGCUUGAUCAGGGGAAGAGCUGGAGGCUUGCGGAGAUCGAGUAUCCGGAGGAUCGGUAUCGGGAAGCGCAGGAUGGGGAGGAGUUGUUUGGGGGGAGGUUGGAUGUGUCGUGGAGGGAGAGUUGCUUUUGUUGGUGUUUCUGGGAUUUGGCGAUUCCUCUUUCUGAGGUGCGCGAGGCAAAGGAUUUGUGCAUCCGAGCGAUGGACGAGUCUUUGGCGCUACAGCCGAAGGAGAUGUAUUGGAGUGUGUUGGGGAUGAUGAAUAACCCUUGGUAUCGGGUGGUCAUUCAUCAUGAGGGUGAUACCUUGCGAUUCGAGCAUCCCACUCAACCGACGCUGAAUUCGGGUGGUUGGAUGGAGCGAGUCAAGAAGGAGGGAGGGAAUCUUGCCAAUGGCUUUUGGGGCGAGAAGAUUCCCGGGGCUGAGGAGGCCGUCGUCGAGAAAGAAGCUGUUAGGGAGAUCUGCAUGGUGGAUGACAAAGUCACUCGACUAAUCACCCUCGAAGAGCUCCGUGAGCACGAAGGUGAGGAAGAGCCCUGGUUCGUCGUGAACGGCCAAGUUUAUGACGGCACACCGUUCCUCGAGGGUCACCCAGGUGGUGCGGCCUCCAUCACCGGUGCUGCUGGACAGGACGUAACAGACGAGUUCCUAGCCAUUCACAGCGAAAACGCCAAAGCAAUGAUGCCAACCUACCACAUCGGCACUCUCACUCCCUCCGCCCUCGCGGCUCUCAAAUCCUCCUCCACCUCCGACCCAACCCUCAGCAAUCCCAACCGCCCCAUCUUCCUCCAGUCCAAGACAUGGAACAGUGCCACCCUCACCUCCAAAGAUUCCAUCUCCCCCGACACCAAAAUCUUCCACUUCACUCUCUCCCACCCUGCCCAAUCCAUUGGCCUCCCCGUCGGCCAACACCUGAUGAUGCGACUUCCUGACCCUUCCAAACCCACCGAGUCCAUUAUCAGGGCCUACACACCCAUCUCGGACGGUACUUCGGAGCGCGGAACUCUUCGUGUGCUGGUAAAGAUUUACUACGCCUCUCCUGAAGAAGACAUCAAAGGAGGACAGAUGACGCAAGCUCUCGAUGCUUUACCACUGGGCAAAGCAGUCGAGUUCAAAGGACCAGUGGGUAAGUUUGUUUACCAAGGACAGGGCGUCUGCUCCGUCAACGGACGGGAGAGGAAAGUCAAGAGGUUCGUGAUGAUUUGUGCUGGGUCGGGUGUGACACCUAUAUACCAGGUCUUGAGGGCUGUUGCAGGGGAUGAUCAAGAUGGGACGGAGUGUUUGGUGCUGGAUGGGAAUAGAGUGGAGGGGGAUAUUUUGCUGAGGAGGGAGUUGGAUAAGAUGGUGGAGGGAGCGAGGCCGGAGGGGAGGUGCCAGGCGCUGGCAUCCCGGUCCACCUUCUGGACUCUCUGGAGCCUCGUCCCCUCGACAACCCACAUCCACCCCACCGGACCCGAGUCAGUCAACAUCACGAUCGGAACCAUGCGCGCGGCACUCCGAUUGCUCGCGACCGCGACGGGUACCGUCCGCCCGUCCGCCCGCUUCCUCAAGCCCGGCUCUCCGACCGGCCUCACGGGGCUCGGCACCCACCCGUCGCCACGCUCCGCCCUGCUGUACCUCUACAACCACACCCUCGACAAGCUCAAGCAGAUCCCCGAGCACUCGCUGUACCGCCAGUCCGCCGAGGCCCUGACCAAGCACCGCCUCGCCAUCGUCGAGCAGUACGUGCCCGAGGGCUACGAAGCCUGGCAGGAGCGCGCCCGCAAGCUGCUCGAGAAGCACAAGGGCGACCUCACGGCCCGCCAGUUCGACGGCCAGCAUGCGCGCCUAGCUGAAGGGCCCGACGGCCGCGUUUACUUCAUCCGCCAGAUGGAGACCCCGCGGGACUGGCGCGACGUCGAGUGGGAUGGUGCGGUCCUGGAUCCGCACUUUUCCUGGGUUCAGACUGGCGAGGAUUCCGUGGGGACGGUAUCGCUGGAAGACAAUGAGAAGCUGAAGAAGCUGUAUGAGAACAAGGACUCGGACCCGGCUGCGUAUCGCGAGGGUCUCAGGGAAAUCGGUAUCAAGCUGGGCGGUGUUGUUGAGGAGAAGAGCCCCGUGGAGUGGGAGUCGGAGCCGCCGUUGAGCGCUGAACAGAUCGCUGAGAUGGAGGCCAGGAUUGGUUCUGGCCUGAUUGAGGAGGUUGUUCAGGUUGCCGAGGGCGAACUCAAGCUCGUGGAUGUCAUGGCAAAGGCCAGACCUUGGGAAGCUCUUGAGGAGGAGGCGCCAGAGGGUCAAUGGACUUACUUUGAGCGCAAAGAGUAA